AUCCAGUAGUCAUUGCCAGCUGAAACAGCUGUCAGACAUUCAUUGUAUAUCAACCAUAUAUGGCAUCUAGUCUUACUAAAACAAAUUUACAACAAAACGCAGCUAUGGAGGAGGAGCAGCAGAACGACCUGGACCAGUGGCUGAAGGAGCAGCGCAUAAUACUGGAUAUGAGAACUCGUCGUUUAUUCUCGGAUGUUUUGCCAGUAGCCAAGAUUGUCAAGCGUUGUCAUCCUCGCCUGGUCGAUCUGCACAAUUAUACGCCCAAGAGCAGCGUGGUGCUGAAACUCCAGAGCUGGGAGACCUUUAGCAAUAAGGUUCUGAAGAAGUUGGGCAUCAAUUUGCCGCGUUCGGUGCUGGAGCAACUAGCCUCAGCCGCACCAGGAGCUAUAGAAACGCUGUUCCAGGAACUGGUGGCGGUGACCAAGUGCGGUAGUCCCAGGCCAAGACCCAUGCUGAAUGUAUCACCAACGCGUUCCCAGAGGAGCGAAGUGGUCAAAAAGUUGGCUAAUACGGAUUCUGUGAAACGCACUCUCAACCGAUCCCUUACUCAAGUGAUCGAGCGCUCGGCCUCCAGUGAUACGCGACCCAAGGUGCUGACCAUGGACAUGAAGGUCGUGGUCGAUGGCCAGGUCAAGAAGGUUUCCAAGAAAGUAGUGGAGUACGAACACUACGCCAAGGCAUUACGGAAAAGUGCCGAGAAGUCGUCCUACAUCAACUGCAUCACCCAAAAGGCCGACUACCUGGAGAGCAUGGUUGCCGCCAGGAAUGAGCGCAUAGAUGAACUAAUGCUCCAAAUGGGCAAACUGUCGGCCAGCAUUCUUUCCAUGCGACCCACGCUCAACGAAACCGAGGACGAAUCUGGGAACUGUGUAGAACUCCAAUCCCAUAUGAAUAACCCCUCCGAACCCUGCUGUGAGUUCCCUAACUAGUAGUCGACGAGAUCCUCGCUCAUUUUGUAAUCUCAAAUCUAAGGCCCUAGUUUUUGAGACAAGAACUUUUGCACCAGAACAAGAAAUGGAAACCUCAUUUUAUUGGAUAAAUCUGUACUAUAUAUUUUGUAUUUUAUAUUACACCCUUAAGACUUUUUCUUUGGCUUCACUCCAAUAAACAAAAAUUGUUACGUCGUUCAAAAGGAAAA